AUGUCACCCUUGAAUGAACUUACUACUCCGACUACAGCAGGGCCUAAAAUGGACGCACAAGUUGCAGGUGAUGGAGUGGAAGCCUUCCCAGGCAUGCAUACAGAACGGGCUGAAAUGGAAGCAACAGUCUAUGGUGGAGUGGAAGGGGCUGAAAGGGAAGCGGAAGUCCCUGCUGAUGGAGUGGAAGCUUUUCUAGCCAUGCAUAUACAAGGGGCUAAAAGGGAAGCCGAAGUCCCUGCUGAUAUUGUGGAAGGCUUCCCAGGCAUGGAAGUCGAAGCCGCUGAAAUUGACACUUCAGUUUGUAACAAACAAGUGCACCAACAACCUCACAAGGUUCCUACUUCGGAAGAUGUGAAGGUUCCUAGUCUUGAAGAACCCCUCAUUCCUAGUCCGGAAGAUAGGGAAGGGUACAGAGUUAUUUGUAAAACAAUGUUAAAUUUGUUAGAGGAUUGGAAUAAGAAAGAAAUUAAGGGGGUGGGACGGAAGGCGAGGCCUCCCAUGGAAACUAGUAUAAAUCUGGUUGGUGAUGAAGUGGACAAGGAGGCUAAUGCCACGGUUCAGAAACCAGAUGCGGAAGGCAAAGGAUGCAGACUGAAGCGGCGCGCGAAAACAUUGUUGAGUCCAUUCACUGAUCCCUCCAGGAAAAAGAGGCCGACUACUGGUUUUCAUGCACAGACACACCUGAGGCCCGUUUUUGAUCCAACACAACCCGUGGCCAUGGACGAUGUGAAGGCUAUGAUACAAGUUUGCAAGGCUUGGAAAAGUGACAUCAGUGCGGAGCUGGAGCUCGAACCAUUUGUAGUUGGGGCGGAUUUUUUUACAAACUUGUAG